CGUUCCUACUAUAUCGUAUCAGUAGUUCACACACCCUGUGUCGAUUUUAUUGAUAAAAAAUGAGAUAAGCGAAAACCUGAAGUUUUUUUAUAAGCCAAGAAAAAUGCGUUUGUCAUCAAUAAGUUAGUAAGAAAUCGUAAUCAGUUAUUUACUGUGUUUGUAGUUGAUUACACGGAUAAGUUAGGAACUAUUACCAAAUAAAAAUGAAUAAUUCAGUGAAAAAGAGUAACAUGCCGGAUACGGAAAAAUUUACGGAAUUCAUGUCUCGAAUUGACAAUGAACCAAACUUUCCUGAGUCACUCAACCAGGUACUGCUGGAGCGAUAUUUGAAAAUCAAUGACAAUGACGUCGAUAAUGCCUUUAGACUACUAAAGCAUAGCCUUGAGAUGCGACAAAAGGCACCGUACCUAUUUGAAAAUCGUGACAUUGACUCCACUGAGGUGCAGAAUGCUUGCAGUACAUUUCAAUUCGUACCGCUCCCGAAACUUACCAAAGAAAACUACAAAGUGACGAUAAUUCGGUUCCCUAAAUGUGAUACGGGUCUGUAUGACAGUGUGCAUGUAAUCAAAACCGCUCUCAUGAUGUUUGAUGCUAACUAUACAAUUUACGACAAUGACAACGGUUUCGUCGAUGGUGAAAUAUUCGUUCUGGACGUUGACGGUUACAGUUUUAAACAAUUUCUGGAUCUAUCGAAGAAUGUUAAAACGUUCCUGUUUUACACAAAAUUCUUGCAAGAAGGACCGCCCGCAAAAUUAGUCUGCAAUCAUGUGGUUAACACGUCAACCGUUCUCGAUGGUGUGGUGGCCAUGGUCAAACCAAUUCUAUCAAAACGAGUAAGCGAUCGUCUUCAAUUUCACCGUACGGGUGACGGAUUGCUCAGUUUCAUCGAGAAAGAAGUGUUACCGAUUGAUUAUGGCGGUACUGAAAAAUCGAUGGAUGAUCUGUAUGCCAAUUGGUUAACGGUAUUUAAAACUAAACGAAAAUAUUUGCUAAAUGACGAUAAUUGGAAGCUCACCGAUUCAACCGCUUACAGCACCGACUUCUGACUUGUUAAUAUAAAAAUAUAGCAAAGACUAUUGUGAACAUGAGAAUAAUUAUUAAAUCAAUAAAUUCUAUUAAAA